AUGAGUGAAAAUCCCUUCGAACCCAGCGAAACAACCCCGCUAAUAGAAGAAAGCCCAGAGGCUCCAUUUGUUGGGGAGCAUCCUGUCAACUAUACUUCAUUAGCUGGACGGAAUUCUGUCACAGAGGAGGUGCUUGAGUACUACAGUGAUGAUCGGGAGGAUCAGCCGCAAGAGGUUGAGAGGGAACCAGGACCUUCGCAGACGCAAGAGGUAACGCAAGAAGCACCACAGGAAGAACUGCGAGCACCGCAAGAGACACCACAAGUCACCACUCACCUGCGUUACAGGCGUCCAAGAACCAACUCUCAGUUCCGCUACAGGCGUCCAAGAAUCCCGCCACAAAGCAUUGGAAUCCGACCUGUCACAAGUGUAUCACCUCUUAGAGACCCUUCGGACGCUUCUCCCAUCAUCAAAUUCAACGAAUAUAAACUGAAUCCCACCAGCUCGAAACGCUACAACACCAACCAGUGCCAAAUCAUGAUUUGGCAAAACGGCAAAUCGUGGCUCUACUCUGAGAAAAAAGGUUGCAUUGUCGGACUCAUGGACUCCAAUGGCCAGCUCUUCCACCGUGUGUUUCUGGGGAUGUUCCCCAAUGAGCUCAACUCCAAGAUGGCCCAGGGAGAUUGGCAUUUUGUCAUGCAGAACGAAUGGGUCAAAGAGCUGUCAAGUCGUAAAAUUCACAAACCACGCCAGCGUAUGGUCCACGUUAAAGGAGCCAUAAAGGCAAGAGACAUAUUCAGGAUUGGAAGACCAACGUCAUAA